GAAGGUGUCCCGGGGAGGAGUCACUCAGCCUCCAGCCUCUCCUCUCUCAGCUCCACAGCUCCGGGACUCUCUCUCUCUUCCUCCGGCUCCACUCGGCUGUCAGCGAACCCUUCUCUCCCCGGAGGAAAGUGGACCUGAACCCGGCCACGUCCAGGACAUCCAUCCCCCUACCCGGCAUUGUUCCUCUGUGUUCCCCGGGCAGGAGCUCCGACGCACGGCAGCAUGGGGGCUUAUGAAGAGAAAAAGGAAGCAUGUGGAACCAUCUGCCUGAAAUACCUCCUGUUUACCUUCAACUUUCUCUUCUGGGUGGCAGGGGGCAUUGUGAUGGCGGUGGGUGUUUGGACCUUGGUGGAGAAGAGCGACUACAUCAGCCUUCUCUCCUCCAAGACCUACGCUGCCUCCGCCUACAUACUGGUCCUGGCCGGAGCCAUCGUCAUGGUAACAGGCGUGCUGGGCUGCUGCGCCACCUUCAAGGAGGAGAGGAAGCUGCUGCGAGUGUACUUUGUCCUGCUGCUGUGUAUCUUCCUGUUGGAGAUCCUGGCCGGCGUCCUGGCGUACAUCUACUACCAGCAGUUGAACGAGGAGCUGAAGCAGAACCUGAGGGAGACCAUGACCCAGAAAUAUCAACAGAAGUCCCAUGAAGGCAUCACCAGGGCUGUGGACAAGCUGCAGCAGGAGUUCAAGUGCUGUGGGAGCAACAAUUCAUCCGACUGGGCCGCGAGCAUCUGGAUCCGCUCCAGAGAAUCCAACUACAGGGAGGUGCCUGACAGCUGCUGCAAGACUCAAACUGAGUUGUGUGGCCGCAGGAGCCACCCGUCCAACAUCUACAAGGUGGAGGGCGGCUGCAUCACUCAACUGGAGAAAUUCAUCCUGGACCACCUGAAGAUCAUUGGAGCGGUCGGUGUCGGAAUUGCCUGCGUACAGAUCAUCGGGAUGGUGUUCACAUGCUGCCUAUAUCGAAGUCUAAAGCCAGAGCCGUACUGAGAGAAGCGAGAGAAGAGAAGUGUGUGGGUGACGGAGGUUACUUCAUCACCGCGUGCCCCACUCCAACAGCCCAUAGCUUCUUUUCUUUGCAGUGGACUCAAGGGGGAGGAGAAGUUAGGCGAGGGACCACAUCGUACAUCAGAAGAUCUCAUCUCGGUAAACAACGGGUGGAAGAACACUACAAGGUUUCUUGAAGUAAUUAGGGACUUAAAUGUCUCUGCUCCACAGUGAAGACACAAGCGCUGUAAGGAAAAGCUUCCGAGAGAAACUGAUGAGAGUUAUAACACGAGAUUGUGUAACUCAGUUGUAGUUUUCUUCCACUCUGAUUCCCUUGAUGUACUUUGCAAUGUGUGGGUCUAGUGUGACACCAGAGAGAGUGGGGGGGGGUGUAAAGAUCGACGGAGUUAAACUGGCACUUUGCAGAAAUUAUUAAUCCUAGUCGCAGCAGCAAGUUUCAUAAACCCACAUCACGGGUCUUCUUCUACUGAAACAUUUAGUUUUCACAUAAACUCAAGCAUUUGAAAUCUGUGUUCGAUCGCUGCCUUUUUAAACUUUUUAAUUGUUAGUUUUUCUACUUUGUAAAUGAUGAUUUUCUCAUGAACACCUGAUGUGCUUUAUCAUGAGCGAUUAUUUCCCGUUUGAUGCCUUAUAAUUCUUCAGUGUCACGUCAGUGUAUCGUAUUGUUUUACACUAACCAGUAACGAUUGUCUGAGAACGUGCAGGUUCACAAGUUGGUUCCAUUUUUUUUCUAUUGCUUCUCUGUUAAUGAAGAGAUAUUGUUAUUGUGUCAGUGACACAAACAAGCAGUGCCACUGAUAUCGCUCAUUAGAAAGUUCCUCAUGUUUGUGUUUUUACCUUUUUUUUUUUACACGAGGGGUUUAUGCCAAAGUUGUCGACUGUAACUUGUUGUGAGGACCUACUGUUUCUCUUCCAGCCUUAUUCACCUAUCUACUGAUGCCUCUCUUUUUUAGAUUGUUUUCCUAAAUGAGGAUUUAGUUCACUUUCCAAUAGACCAUGAAUAUGUAUUAUUUUGUAUUUAACAAGACACGUGUUAGUAGAUGAGUUUCUCACUGUUGGUAAAAUGAUCGUAUCCCGUGUGCCUCGAAGACGACAUUAAAUUAAUCUGCUGUAUCUCUUUGUCUUUGUGAAAAUCCAGGGAUUUAUUUUACUCUGAAUAAACAUCAGUCAACACUU